GGAAAAAAGUUAAGGUGUCGUCGGACUGUAAUGGUCGCUCUUGUUACCUGCUGGUUAACAAUGAAAAGUCUAACUUGAAUUUGAAUUAAAUAAGUUCGCAGAGAGGUUGUUCUGUGAGUGAACCCAUUAGAGGCCAAUUUCUGUGCUAAGGUAGGAGCUUUACAGUUUAACGAUAGCGAGGUAAUUGAAGCUAGCGUCACACAGGUGACUGCUGCAGUUCAGUUGUAAUAACAGAAGCUCGGACGCUUUAUAAAGCACGUAUGAGUGGUAGGGGACUCAUUGACCCGGUACCAUACCCAUGCAGUCAGGUUGUGUGGUUAUUUCCCGACAUAAACAAGUAAAUCUAAAUGUGUUUGUGAGUGUUUAUUCAGUCAAACCAGUCCUCAGUCUAAAGCAGGUUCUCGUUAGCUUCUCCGUCUUCCACUCAAACGGUUUUGUUACGAAUGAGUGCUGUACGCAUUUCCUGGUCCCGUCCUGCGGGACCGGACCGAGGGAUAGACGCGCACUUGUUAAGGCAAGACGAUUUUAGCGAAACUAUGUCACACGUCUUCAGAAAGAAUUAAAAGUUACUAAAUGUGAGCAUUUCCUAUAUUUACAACCAGAAUGUUACCCAGUAAUAAAGAAUGCGUGUCCACCCAGCAUGCCUGUUUUUUGGAAACGCAAACAAAGGUGCGGCGUUAAAAUUCUCGUUUAGCAACACUCAGCAACUGAUAAAGGCUGAGUGACACCAUGCAUUAGUUUUCCUUUAGUGGCCAAACUCGUUGCACGAGUGCGUUAACGUGGUGACGUGAGAACCACCGUCUCCUGGUGCAGACGUGAAGUCCACAGGCCAGCCAUGAGAACUGAGUGGAAACGCAAAUAUUGGUUUUGCCACAGAAUGAAUCACACCUCUGAGAAUUCAGCAUUAUUUUUGUGUUUACCCAAAUGAGAGAAAUGGACAUCAUCAGAUUUUGAAAUUUCAGAAUCCAGCAGAACUCCAGAGAAAAAGCCUGUUUUUAAGGAAUUAAUCCGAAACUGGAUGCUUUUCCUUUUCCUGUUUUAAAACAGUGAUAAGAGAUGGCUCUACGAGCAUCUCCUUUCCCUAACGGGAUUCUUGCCUGUAUCCACGCUGUGGGCUGGAUUUUAAUUUUCCCUUGUUUUUGGUAUCUUGAGCGCAUCAUUGCUCUGUGUAAAUCCACCUCCCUGGAGCGAAUCCAGCAGCAGGAGCAGGAAUGUUACCGCCAUCCUCUCAAGGUUUUUUUUGGCUCUAUUGUCUGCUUUAUAUUUUUUCUCCUCACAGCCCCUUUGGCUUUCUUGGGCUUCCUGCUCUGGGCACCCCUCCAGACCUGUCGCAGACCUUUUAAGUACCAUAGAGAAGCACCGUCAUCACCAGAAAGGGAAACGCACCACGACUUUGAGACCGAAGGACAAGCAUCAUUUAGCUUUGCUACAGCCAAUUUGUGUCUUUUGCCAGAUGGUCUGGCUCGCUUUAACAAUCUUGGCCACACUCAGGAUAGGGCAUCUGCCAUUGGUCAACUCAUUGUGACGAGCCAGGUUGGUCACCAAAGUGCCACCCAUGUUUUGGCCGCUCAGCAUCUCAGACACCAGUGUGAUGAACCUCGGCAGGUGUUGUCCGUUUUUCCAAGUUGUCUUGAUAUCCUGUGUCUUGAGGAGGUGUUUGAUAAAAGAGCAGCGCAGAAGCUCACCAAUAUACUAAAACCAGUGUUUGGACACAUACUGUAUGAUGUUGGCGUGUACACCUGCCAGCCGCCGUGCCGAUGUUCGUCUUUUAAGUUCUUCAACAGCGGCCUGUUCCUUGCUAGUAGAUUCCUGGUGCUUGAAGCUCAGUACCACUGCUUUCCUAACAGCAGUGGGGAGGAUGCGCUGGCUUCCAAAGGUCUCCUCUCCACCAAGGUUUUCAUAGGUCAGAAUCAGAGAGGGAAGAAAGUCGUCGGCUAUUUUAACUGCACACAUCUUCAUGCACCAGAGGGUGAAGGGGAGGUUCGCUGUGAGCAGCUGAACAUGGUCAUGAGGUGGAUCGCUGACUUUCAGGCUGCCAACAAACAGCCUGAUGAGGAGGUUGUUUUUGACGUGCUCUGUGGUGAUUUCAACUUUGACAACUGCUCACCUGACGACACUCUGGAACAGAAUCACUCAUUGUUUGAUGACUAUGGAGACCCUUGCAGAGAAGGGCCUGGAAAAGAGAAGCCCUGGGUCAUUGGCACUCUGCUGAAGCAGCCCACCUUAUACGAGGAAGAUGUGAACACCUCAUUAACUCUAAAAAGAACGUUGGAAACCAAGGAGCUGAGGAAGCAGUACAUCUCCCCUCCUGUUGCUGCAGAGGGCUUUCCGCUGGUUUAUCCAGAGAACGGCCAGCCGUGGAUUGGACGUCGGAUCGACUACAUCCUCUAUCGAGAAAGCACCAUUUCAAAGCUGUGCAGAACGGAGGUUGAAGCGGUGACCUUCAUAACACAGCUGGCCAGCCUUACAGACCAUAUUCCAGUAAGCCUGAGACUUAAUGUAACUAUGGACUCUAACUAUGAUGGUGAUGAUGAUGUAUGACAGUUAAUGUGAACAAGUGGGGCCAAAUGCAUUUAAAUCUACAGUUUUAUCUGUGCAGGAAAAUUAAUGUUGGAACUGAAAUGCUUGAAUUUUUAAAUUUAGUAAUUUUAUAGAAUUUUGGGGGUUUCUGUCAGAUGCUUCUUUUUUCAUAACUGUACGCAUGUUUUAUAGUGCAAGCAACAUUUAAAUGACACAUUGUCUCAGUAUAGAUUUUUAAAACCAUAUUUUUAAUAUUUUUUAAUUGAAAUGUUUCGUUCUGAAUUAAAUGCAAGUGAUAAAAAUUAUAAAUGUUUAUUUAUUCUUUAAAUGUGCCAGCAAUAACACGUUGUAGCACUGGUUUUUAUUUUGCUUCUCUGAACAGUGAACAGGAUGAUGACGGGAAAGUGAAUCGGUAGAUUUGGCCCACUUGAUUAUAAAUGCACUAUGUCUCAUAAACAACAUUUUCUAAGAUGAUAAGAUUAUUGAACAUGUUUGAUAAUUUCUAAAUAUGUGAUAGAAUUAGAUGUUUAUUAAAUGAAUAUCAAAAAUAGUGGCAGUAAAAUAACCAUGUACCAUGAA